GUUCCGAUGGAAUCGCGAUCAGGGUUCGGGCGCUCGCCGCCGCCGCCGCAUGGAGCUCGGUCCCGGCGUCGCCCAGAGGGAGGGGUAGAUCUCAUCAGCGCUCUCCCCGAUGAGAUGCUUCUCCUGGUACUCGUGCGUCUGCGUUGCGUCCGUGCCGCCGCGCAAACCAGCGUCCUCUCCCGCCGGUGGCGUGGCCUCUGGACCGGUCUCACGGAUCUCACCUUACGCGACCUCGAACCCUCCGCAAUCGAAGCUGCACUCGACCUCUUCAAUGCUGCACUCACCCGUUUCACUUCUUCGCCGCUGGUGCCCAUCGUCGACAUCCGCCUUUCAGCAAGGCAUGCCGCCCACGCGAGCUCGUUGCUCCGUGCCGCCGUGCGGCUCUCGCCGGAGGAGCUGGUCUUCACCCUCCAGGGGUGUUAUAGUGGAGGCGGAGAAACCGUUGUGCUGCCUUACUUUCACUGCGCCACAUCGAUCGAGCUGGACAUGCAUUCCCACCGCAUCAUGCCGCCCGAGGAAUGCUACGCCGGCGCGUUCUCCGCACUCGAGGAGCUGCCUUCUCAGGCACCAUGGUUCACCUUGGCAUCUUGCUCAACCGCUGCCCAUGCCUGCGCGUGUUAAAGGUGACCGGAUCAACGCCCGACAUCACUGUUCACUCAGCCACACUGCAGGAGCUUGAUAUAUCUAGCGAUCAUGACACGACAUGCUACAACAUUGACGUCGUAACACCAGUGCUUAAGAAACUACAGCUGAAACUCCAUGCCAGUUGGAACUGGAACAACAUCAGUGUGUCCAUCUCGACACCAAUGGUGGAAGAGGUAUCGUGGAAGUGUUCUUAUCCAAGGUUGGCUUUUUCGGUUGGAUUUUGGUCUCUCGAGAGCCUAGCCAUAGAGACGACCGAGAGAUAUAUCGACACCAGAAAUGACACAUGUUCACAGGUUCAGAAGCUCUCGCGCUUUCAUGUCCUACGCUUGCCAAUAUCUUGUACUACUAAUCAUUUGGGCGCACAGCUGAACUUUGCACGAGAAAUACAGAAACUUCCGGUCAUCAUCUUCCCUGUGUUGGAGCUAUAUUUUAUAUCGUCUGGCCACGUUUAUGGAGCACUUGUGAUGCAUCUACUUCAAAUAAAUCGGAUCCACUCCUCUACAAAAAUGCUAAAGGUCAUUCAAUGGCUGUGCCCCAAGGUGAGACAAACUUGCCAAGAAAAUUGUCGUUGUGAUGAGCCAAAUAAUUGGAGAAGCCAAAGUAUCUCCUUGACAUGUCUUGAAGAGUUGGAAAUCACAGGCUUCAAUGCAGAGGAUCACGAGCAUGAUUUCGUAAGGCUGAUACUGAGAAGCGCACCAAUGCUUAAGAGAGUGACUUUGACACUGGUACACGAGUUUAGAGGUUGCCCCAUGAAAAUCUACAACAUUUUCUUGGCACACCGUUCCGUGAAUUGCUAUGUUUAUAACAGCACCGGUGAACUAGUUCCGCGAGCAUCUCGUUAAAGCACGCUCCUUGAUGC